AGGGGCCAGAGAGGAGAGAUACUGAGAGUGAAACAGCAAAACACAGAGAGAGAGAGAGAGAAAGACAGAGAGAGAGAGGAAGGGAAGAGAGAAAGGGGGAGGGAAAAGAGUCUAAUGACAGCUAGAGAGGCAUUCUGAUGGACUCCUCACCUUUACAAGAGCUUUGGACACUGAAUGUGGCUGAUUUUAUGCACUUUUCGGGUAUUUUUGUUCAAUUUGCAGAGAAAUUAUCCACCAAUUUUUUAAAAAGAGGGGGAUUUUUUUAAACAAUUUAUAUUGUUUUUGUAUUAGCUCAUUUAUUAACUGGAAAUCAAUUUUGGUUUGGGACAUCAUCCGACCUCAGUAGGACGAGAUGAGAGAAGCGUGGAGGGUCUUCUUUCUUCUGCCCGUCUUUCUGCAGCUGGAGUAUGUGUUUUCCACCGGUCCAGCUCGUGCCCAUGCAGAAGAAAGACUCCUGCAAUCUUUGUUCAGCAACUACAACAAGCUCUCUCGUCCGGUGGCGAACAUCUCGGAUGUGGUUCUGGUCCACUUUGGCCUGUCCAUUGCUCAGCUCAUUGACGUGGAUGAGAAAAAUCAGAUGAUGACCACAAAUGUCUGGGUGAAGCAGGAGUGGAACGAUUACAAGCUGCGCUGGAACCCAGAGGAGUAUGAGAAUGUCACCUCCAUCAGGAUCCCCUCCGAGAUCAUCUGGAGACCGGAUAUUGUGCUCUAUAACAAUGCGGACGGAGACUUUGCGGUGACUCACUUGACUAAAGCCCAGGUGUUUUACAAUGGCUGGAUCAAAUGGAAACCUCCUGCCAUUUAUAAAAGCUCCUGCAGCAUAGAUGUCACCUUCUUUCCCUUCGACCAGCAAAACUGCAAGAUGAAAUUUGGCUCAUGGACGUACGAUCGGGCCAAGAUCGACCUGGUCAGCAUGGCCAGUGACGUAGACCAGAUGGACUACUGGGAAAGCGGAGAGUGGGUCAUCAUAAACGCUGUUGGCACUUACAACAUCAAGAAGUACGAGUGCUGUACGGAAAUCUACCCAGAUAUCACCUACUCCUUCAUCAUCAGACGUCUUCCUCUGUUCUACACCAUCAAUCUAAUCAUCCCCUGCCUGCUUAUAUCCUGCCUGACCGUGCUGGUCUUCUACCUUCCCUCAGAGUGUGCGGAGAAAAUCACGCUGUGCAUCUCUGUCCUCCUCUCUCUGACUGUCUUCCUCCUGCUUAUCACGGAAAUCAUCCCCUCAACCUCACUAGUCAUCCCGCUUAUAGGCGAGUACCUCCUCUUCACCAUGAUCUUCGUCACCCUGUCUAUCAUCAUCACCGUGUUUGUGCUCAACGUACACCACCGUUCGUCCCGGACACACAGCAUGCCACACUGGGUGCGCCAGUUUUUCCUUCACCUGGUGCCCCGUUACUUGUUCAUGAAACGUCCUCCCGCCUCAGGUAAGAGGAACUGUGGGAAACUGAUUGAGAUGAUGCACAAGCCAAUGGCAUCACAGUCCAUGUUUCUUCGGAACAACAUUCUGGAUAUUUCUCCGCAAAGCCCGCUCCCUCAUUUGGACAUGGACGUGGUUGCCCGACUGGAUCAAAUUCAGCAGGACUCUUCCCCCAAACCCUUGUUUUUCUGCAGUUCUCCCAGCAGCCAGUAUUCCAUCCUGCAAGAGGAGACUUCUCAGACACCGCCGGUCCUCGCGUUUACGUGCGCAUACACAAACAGCAUCUUCGCCUCAAGCACACCUUCGUUUCCUGAUACUAUGCUUGGUUCUCAGCUCCACAAUAUCCCACAGGAGGGAGCCGAGUGUACAGACUGUGAUAUCCAAGGCCGGAGUGUUGAGAGCGUCUUCAUGGAAGCUAAAGAGAGUGUUCUGGGAGCAGGGAGUUGUCAACACUGUCUUACAUCUGAAGGGACAAGUCUACAGAAGCUUGAUCACGAUGAAGCAGGGAGGUGUUCCAGACAUAACAUGCCCAGCGCUCAGAUCUCCGGCUCUAACAGUGACGGCACUACUGAUCUAAAUGCAGAGCAGCCAGGGAGCAAUCUGUCGCAGUCCCUGCUCAAGGCCCUGGAAGGAGUUCAAUACAUUGCUGACCAUCUGAGAGCAGAAGAUUCAGACUUUUCGGUGAGGGAAGACUGGAAAUAUGUUGCCAUGGUGAUUGAUAGAAUAUUCCUCUGGAUGUUUGUGCUGGUGUGCAUUCUGGGGACCGUCGGACUCUUCCUCCCACCGUGGCUGGCUGGAAUGAUCUAGAUCCUCAUGUAAAGUAUCUGAAUGGUUCUAAGUGGGCGGGGAAUGGCCUUGUCAAUCACAUCUGACUUCAGUGACCUCAUUAAACUUUCGCUGUCAUGAAAAUUAAGUGAUGUUUAUGGAGUCAAUUCAAUGCCACAUAUACUCACAAAAUAAUUGAAGUAUUGCAAAAUAAAAUAAAGUUUUGCAAACGAAAAUGAAAGGAUUGAGAAUUUUUGCAACAUAUUUUCCAUAGUCAUAGCUACUAAUUUAUUUGCAAUGCUGCUUUUAUUAUGCGUUUCAGUCAAGUUUGAGCUUGCAAUUCUGUUUUUCUCUUUGUGCUUCAUGUUUCUUCGCGUCUCACUUUCUGGCAUUGUUUUGACAUGGGGGUGGAGUCAAGGGACUGGGGAAUGUACAACAGGCCUGGACAUGCCUCCUUGGAAGUUACAUCAUCAGCCUGAGACACAGAUCAUGUCUGAUCAAGGCACCGUCAUUGAGUAGAGGCAUGCAGGUGGAUCGUUUCCCUUUAUUCACUACCAUUAAAACAUGCAUGUUUUCGCUUUAUAAACUAUAUGUGACCCUGAACCACAAAACCAGCCUUAAAGUGCUAGGGUAUAUUUUUACCAAUAGCCAAAAAAACAUUGUAUGGGUCAAAAUGAUCCAUUUUACUUUAAUGCAUAAAAUCAUUAGGAUAUUAAGGCCCAAUCCCAAUUCUACUCCUUAGCCCUUCCCCUUUCCCCUCCGUUUCGCCCUUUAAAUGAAGAUUUUUCGGGACCACACUUCAAACGAAGGGGUAUGAAUUAUCUUGGCAACAUGGCUGCUACUGCGAACAAAAAGACACAUAAAUGUAAGCUUUUUUGGCAUAAAUAAAGAUUUUAACAAAAAUGUAUAAUUUGUUUUAUGUUACAUUCAAUUGUGAGUUCAUAUUUUUUUGCACCAUCAUAUUCUAGAUUUUCAAAUAUUGAUAGCCAAAUAUUGUCUGAUCCUAAUAAACCAUACAUCAAUGGAAAGUUUAUUUAUUCAGAUGAUGAUGAUGUAUAAAUCUCAAUUUCGAAAAAUGGACACUUAAGAGACUAUGGUUUUGUGGUCCAGGGUCACAUAUGUGUAUUAACAGUGUAUGCUCAAGAAGUUGCUAGCAUGAACAUCUACUGUUUAUUUCUCUCAAUGUGCACACUGUUAUAGCAUCAGAAUGUAUAUUGUUUUGUUUUGUUAAGUAAAUGUGUAUAAACGCUGUUUGUUUCAAAUCUAUUUAACUUGUGGGAGGACGCCAGCGCACAGAAACAUUCUUUGUUUAUAUUCGUUCAAAGUUACUGCAAUGUUAUUAACUUGAUAAACAUUAAAAUGACUCAAGCUUAAUUUUUUUAAUCCUACAGUGACAUUCGUUUCUUAAUUUAUGUCAGGAUUUAUGUAAAUGAAAAAAUACAUUAAUACCUUUUUGUUUGUAAAAUGUCUUUUUCUCGCACUACUUCAUUUUCUUUUGCAAUUAUUUUUAUUCAUUUGCAAAAAGCACAUUUAUUUUUUCUCAAUAGUUUAAUAUACAAAACUUUAUUUUCUUUUGCAAUACGUCAAUACUACUACUACUACAAUACUGCAAUACUUAUUUUGCAAAUAUUUGUGGCCCUGACUUGACUCCAUAGGAUGUUUAAUGUCAGUGCUUUUCAGUGCAAC